AUGACAGUAAGUACAGACACGAGAGAAACCCACAGUGAGUGAUACGCUGGCACAAACCAAGUUCACUUUUAUAGAACUUUUUGAUAUUAUACUCAUCAUCUGGACUAGUUUUUUGUUUUUGUUUUUUGAAAACACAAUCCUGGAAAACAAGACCAAGCAGCGAGCAUGAACUCCAAGGCCAGGAUCUGCAGGAGGAGGAGUGGAGACGAGACAGUGUGUCAUUAAAAUCAGCUGUGUGUCUGUCAGGAUGGGCACCGCUUGCAGUGGCCAGAAACUUGCAAAUGACAGAGAGUUUCACAAAGAAAAAAACACACACUGGACAGCGAAUCACAGAGCACAAGGUGGAAACAAGAACGUGGAUAAUGGUAACGCUGUGUUCGUGGCACAGCACGACUUUAAAGACAACAGUGACAGCACUCUGUCCUUCAAAAAGGGAGACAGACUGAAGAUUCUGAAAGAGAAUGGAGAAUGGUGGCUGGCAAAAUCCCUGGUAACAGGAGAAGAAGGCUUGGUGCCAUGUAACUAUAUCGCCCGGGCAGAUACUCUGGAGGUGGAGAAGUGGUUCUUUAAAGACUUGAGUCGGAAAGAAACUGAACGUCUACUUUUGGCUCCUGGAAAUAAACCAGGCUCGUUUGUGGUGAGAGAGAGUGAGACCGUCAAAGGUUCUUACUCUCUAUCAGUUAGAGAUCACACUCCUGAACAAGGAGAUGUGGUAAAACACUACAAGAUCCGGUGCAUGGACAAAGGUGGCUACUACAUCGCUCCUUCCACCCCGUUCCCCAGCUUACAGGAACUGGUUAUAUAUUACAGCCGCACCCCAGAUGGUCUGUGUCGGAAACUGUACGCCCCCUGUAAGGUCAAGGCCCCUCAGCUGCCCUGGGCACAAGACGAGUGGGAGAUUCCCAGGCACACGUUAAGGAUGGAAAGGAAACUCGGAGCUGGUCAGUUUGGAGAAGUGUGGAUGGGCUUCUACAAGAACAAGCAGAAGGUUGCGAUCAAGACCUUGAAAGAAGGCACGAUGGAACCCGAGGCCUUUCUCCAGGAGGCCAACCUCAUGAAGCAGCUGCAGCAUGAACGACUGGUGCGCCUGCACGCUGUGGUCACCAAGGAGCCCAUUCUCAUCGUCACAGAGUUUAUGAUCAACGGGUGUCUUCUUGACUUCCUCAAAACAGAUGACGGCAAAAGGCUGCAGCUCAACAAACUGAUAGACAUGUCUGCACAGAUAGCUGAAGGCAUGGCGUUUAUAGAGAAGAAGAACUACAUCCACCGGGACCUGCGUGCAGCCAACAUCCUGGUCAAUGAGACCCUGCACUGUAAGAUAGCAGACUUUGGCCUGGCCCGCAUCAUCGAGUCAGAGUACACAGCUCAGGAAGGCGCCAAGUUCCCCAUCAAGUGGACGGCUCCAGAGGCCAUCAAUUUUGGCACAUUCAGCAUCAAGUCAGAUGUCUGGUCUUUUGGUAUUCUGCUGACAGAAAUAGUAACCUAUGGAAGAAUACCAUACCCAGGGAUGAGCAACACUGAGGUGAUCAGGAAUCUGGACAAAUCCUACAGGAUGCCGUGUCCAGAUGGAUGUCCCCAGGAACUUUAUGAUCUCAUGAUGAUGUGUUGGAAACAAAAGCCUGAGGAACGACCCACCUUUGACUUCCUGCAGAACCUUCUUAAUGACUUCUUUAUCGCCACCGAGGGGCAAUACGAGAUUCAACCAUGAAGCGUACAGAAACGUCUGCUCAUAACCAUAAAACCGUAAGGCAGGAUCGUCAUCUUCAUGCAUACAGUAUAUACAUUUAUGUUAUAAAAUAAUAAUAAUAAUUAGCAUUAAGUUUGUACAGUGUAGCUUAUUAUUUACAGUUUUUGCCAGCAGUAGUUGCAGCAUAUGCACAAACAGACUUUUGCCGUGUUGACUGCGUGCCUCUCAUAGUCCUGCAUAAUGUCAGGGAGACCUGGAAAAAGAACAGCACUUGAAUGAUUGUGUUAAAAUACAUUUUGUGCAUAUAUUUGGAAUAAAUGUUUGGAGCGAAGGAAAUUAUAGUUUAGAGUAGAUUUUAAAAACAACAUUUUUUUUAAAUUAAAUAACAGAUACUUUUAUUUGUCUCUAUGCAUCUCUUUAAAUUGUAUGAUUUACCAGUGGAAACUAAAUAUAAUUUUAGUACACAUA